UAUAAACAAUUAUUAUUAAUCACUGCCGUAUUGGCAUUGAUCGCUGGAACUUUUGCCCAGUUGACCCAGACCGAUAUCAACACUAUUGUAUCUCGUCACAACUCAUGGAGAGCCAACCCAUCGCCCCCAUCCGCCAAGCCAAUCCCCAAGCUCACCUGGAACGCCACCCUCGCCUCCCAACUCCAAGCCCACUCGGACAAGUGCAACAUUGACUACAGUCCCUCCGCCUUGAGAUACCGCGUCAGUGAGUGGAUCGCUGUCACUGGAUACCAAAACCUUGAUGUCAACUACGUUUUGGACUACAUCGAGAGCACUGGCCCAGCCUACAACUUCAACGAUCAGUCCUGUGACGAUGGAUCCGCCUGCUAUAUGUGGUCCGAUGCCAUGUGGUCCAAGUCCAGACAAAUUGGUUGCUCUGCCUCCCUCUGUGACGACUGGUACAUCCUCUACUGUGACUACUACCCCGCUGGAGGCUACUACGGUGUCAACCCAUACACCCCAGCUGGCGGUCCAACCCCAACUCCAACCAACACCCCAACCCAGACCCCAACCCAGACUCCUACUCAAACUCCAACUCAGACUCCAACCCAGACCCCAACCCAGACCCCAACUCAAACCCCAACUCAGACUCCAACUCAGACCCCAACUCAGAAGCCAACCUCUACCCCAACUCAAACCCCCAAGCCAACUUCCAGCCCAUCUGGAUCGAUUGAUUGGAGAAACUUCUCAUCGCCAGUGAGAGACCAGGGCGGAUGUGGAAGCUGUUACAUCUUUGCCGCCGUUGCCAACAUUGAGGCUCGCUCCAUCAUCAAGUAUGGCUACAGCCCCAACUCGAUUGAUCUGUCUGAGCAGGAGGCUCUCAACUGUAUCUCUGGUGGCUGCAAUGGAGGAUGGCCAACAUCAGUGUACAACACCUUCAAGACCAACGGUCUCACCUAUGAGAACAAGAUGCCAUACCAGGGUCAGCAGUCCUCAUGUGACACCUCGAACACUCCACGUCUCACCUGGAAUGGAUACUCAGACAACUUCGAGGCCACUAAGGCCGGAUUCAUCAAGGAGCUCCAGAGCGGUCCAUUCGCCAUCGCACUCAUGGCCGAUGAUGGAUUCAUGAACUACCAAGGUGGUAUCUACUCGUGUCCAUCUCAACAGACCAGUGUUAACCACGCUGUAACACUCACUGGAUACAAUGCUGAUGGUGACUACUGGAUCAUCAAGAACUCAUGGAACACAUGGUGGGGAGAGAAGGGAUACAUCCGUAUCAGUGCCUCCAAUGAUAGAUGCAACUUGUUGAAGUAUGGUGGCAGUCAUGCCAACUUCUAA